AUGGCAAGAUAUUUGAAGCUAUCUCAGGGAAGUGAGCAGCAAGAAAAUGAUGUUUGUAAUGUACUUUUUCCUCCAAGUGAUGAUGAUGAUGAUGAUGAUGAUGAUGAUGCUUAUAACGACAAACAACAGUUUGAGAAGAUAUCCUUUAAGACCACUCACAGUAAAACCAGCAAGGAAUCUGAAGAAUAUACCGAAAAGCUAUACUGCAACCCAUCCUACCCAGACAGCCUUUUCCACGCUUUGGAGGAAAUGAAACAAUUGUCUUUUCUCACUGAUCUCACCCUAAAAACUCAAAGUAAGGCUCAUUUCCAUGGUCACUCUGUAGUUCUGGCUGCUGUGAGCUCCGUUGUCCAGCAGAUGCUCCAAGAAAUAAAUGAGAGACAGAGAUUUAUAUGUGUUGGUCCAGAAGUAUCAGAUUUGGGCAUAUCUGCAGUGUUGGAGUUUGCCUACACUGGAAUCAUCAGUAAUUUGACCAGAGGAUCUUUAACUCAGAUUCAGGCUGCUGCUCUUUACCUGGGAGUUCCAAGGGUUUUGAAGCUUUGCAAAGAAGAAGAGGAAAGACAGGAAAAGAAUGACUGUGAGAUGAAGAUAAAGGAGAGAAAUAGUGGAAUCUCUGCUGAAGAACAGAAGAAGGUCAGCUUGCAGGCCAUCAGGCAGCUGUGGGACAAGAGAGUGGGCUGUGAUGUGGAGGUGGAGGCUGAAGGAAGAAUAUUUAAUGCACACAGGGUUAUUCUGAGUGCCAGCAGUGACUAUUUCCGAGCAAUGUUCAGCAGCGGGAUGAAGGAAACCCAACAGGAAUCAGUGUCACUGCUAUUAAUGGGGGCACCUGAACUAGAAGCCCUUCUUCAUUGCUGCUACAGUGGACAUCUGUUACUUGGAUGGGGCUGCAUUUUUGAGCUCACCUCCACUGCUCUUCGGUUCCAAUUCCAAACAGCUCUCUCGCUCUGCCUCAACUUUCUGCAGCAGGAAAUGGAUGCUUAUAAUUGUCUGGAUGUUGUUGCAUUUGCCAAAGCUUAUGAGAUGCUCGACUUGCGAGAAAUGGCAGAAGACUUUACGCUUAGACAUUUUGAGGAUGUGGCAGUCACUGAAAAAUUUCAGGACCUGCCUGUGGAGAAGCUGAAGGCAUAUCUACGCAGCAACUGCCUCUGUGUAAAAUCAGAGCUGUCCGUGUUCAGAGCUGUCGUAUCCUGGAUAAAUGCCGAUACAAUGGCUAGGGUGAAAGAAGCCAGGGAUUUAAUGAGAACUGUCCUGUUUCCUCUAAUGACCUUUACGGAAUUCAGAGAAGUGAAGGUUAUAACGUCGUGGCCACGAGUCAGUGAUAGGGAUCUUUAUGAGUCCCUGUUUGAAGAGUUCUGUACUAAUACCUUUCAUUCCUAUUCAGAUUUUAGAAUCUACCUGCCUAAAGAGACUCUGGUCCUUGUUGGUGGUGAAAAGAUCACUAAAAACCUUGAUAAACGCUUACCCUGUGGGGAAUUAUGGUUCAGCAAUGCCUUCCAUAACCAUGUUGGCUUAAUGAAAAGAAUCGAAUGGAGAAAACUGGGAGACUUACCAGAGAAACCCAGAUUCUGUCAUAGUGCUAAAGUAAUGGGUGGGAAAUUAUAUGUAGUUGGUGGGCGACAUUAUUAUGGGAAGGACGACAUGAUGAAAUGUGCCUAUAGGUAUGAUACGAUCCAAAAUAAUUGGCAAAGGUUGGCUGAUAUGAAUGAGAAAAGGGGCAACUUUGCGCUUUUGGUUGUGGAUGGAAAAAUGUUAGCCAUUGGUGGAAACAAAGAUAUUGAAGAAAACAUUGAAAGUGUAGAGGUCUACUGUCCUAUUACAGAUUCUUGGAGCUUUGUUCAACCUCUGGACCAAUCCUUAAGUAGUCAUGCUGCCAGUGUAUGGAAUGGAGAGAUUUUCAUCUCAGGAGGCUUUGACAGCAGAUACCAGUGCUUGGAAUCUAUGUUUCUCUAUCACCCAGAGAAAGGCACCACAUACCUUAGAGAUAUGUCCCAGAGUCGAGCCCAACAUUGCAUGGAGACCUUGAAAGACUGCCUGUAUGUAGCUGGUGGAGUCUCUGGUGUAGCUGGGCAGUUAUUUGACCAGCUAGCCUGUGAGAUCUUUGAUCCGGUGAAUAAUUGCUGGUGUGCCAUUAUGUCCAUGUCUAUGCCUCAUGUCAGUGCAGCAUCUGCAGUGUUGGAAGGAAAGAUUUAUGUCAUUGGUGGUUAUUGCCAUGAAGAUUACAGCGACACAAAAGUGAUUCAUAGGUAUGAUCCAGCGAUGCAGCACUGGGAGAACUUGUGCGGAACCCCUGGAUCUAACACACAUAUAGCAGCAUGUGUACUGGCUGUACCUCACCACCUUAGACAAUGAUGUUUUUUUUUCUGCUUUAUUCAGAAUUAUAUGAGAAAUAUUUGUAAGAAAUUAAGCUCAGUUUAAACAGUUAUAUAAUAUUUUAGAUCACUGCUCUCCAAACACACUCUAAUUAAAUAUUUUCUAAUACAUCAGAAACCAGCUUAUACAACUCCUAAUAAUUCAAUAUGUGAAAACCAAUAUUCAAUAUUAUUUUCUCCACGCAAUAAAAUGAUAUCCAAAAAGGAUAUGGUCUUCUAGCUGUAUCUUUGAAAGGUUGUGAAGAAAUAUGGUGAC